UGUAGUUCAUCAGUGAAACAAUGGCUGGAUUUACUUUCGAAGGCGAAGUCGAGAGUUUGUCUUCGCGACAGCAAGAGUUUAUUUGUGAAGUACUCGAGAAGCGUGGAUAUCAAAAUAAUAACAUUGUUAUCGAGGCAGUUGGUAAAGCUGGAGAUAAUUACAUUGCAAAUGUGAAAAGAAUCACUGUUAAUGAUGAUAGAGAACACUUUAAAAUGAUUGCGAAAAUUGCACCUACAAAUCAAAUCGCUAGAGCUAGAUCAGGCAUAGAUGUGAUGUUUAUGAAUGAAAGUGUUAUGUAUAAAGAAAUUUUACCCAAAUUAGUUGAGAUACAAAGAGUUAAUGACAUACCAAAAGAUAGUUUAUUCCGAUACGCUGAAUGUUAUGGGGUUUUAACAGAGGCACCUCACGAGUUAAUUCUCUUAGAAGACUUAAAAUUGUCAGAAUUUAUCACAUUAGAUCGUUUUAAACCAUUGUCGAAUGAGUGCAUUAAGUUGAUCUUAAAGAAAUUCGCAAUUCUUCACUCUCUUUCAAUAGUGUUCAAAGAAGAGAAUCCAGAAUCUUUCUCCAAAUAUAGUAAAAAUCUUAUAGACUUUUUUGAUGCAUUUUGUAAGGCCCCUGGGUUUCAACAUUAUUUAGCUAAUGUUGAAAAGGAUGCAUUAGAGAUACUCGCUGAUGAACACUAUAAAGCCGCAAUCCGGGGUACGGUUUCCAAAAUGCCAGAAGAGUUGAGUAAAAUGUCUAAAGACAUUCAAAAAAUGAAACAUUCAGUCGUGAUUCAAGGAGAUAGUUGGACAAAUAACAUUAUGUUCCGGCUUCAGGACAAUGUUCCCGUAGAAUGCGUGAUGAUAGACUAUCAGCUAUCAAAAGUAUCCAGCCCUGUCGGAGACAUCCUGUACAUGAUAUUCGCGUGCACCGACCAUGAAUCCCGCCGAAAGUAUUACAACCAAUGGAUCGACUAUUACCAUUCAGAAUUAAAUAACUCACUAUCAAACUUUAAGAUGAAAGUCAAUGAUAUUUAUCCAAUAGAUGAACUUAACAAGGACCUGAAAAAGUAUUGCAAAUACUUCUUCGAUAACGCGAUAAUUAUGUACUCGAUACUUAUAAGAAAAUCUGAGGACGCUGCUAAAGUUAAAGAAGCAAUAGAAGGAGGAGACAACUAUGAAGAUGUACUGGAAUCUUUCCAAACUAACAAUUUGGAUGCCGAGUCAGUUUCAUUAUUUAAGAGCAAGAUAGAAGACCUGGUCGACAGCUGUAGACAAUUUGGAUAUAUAGACUAAUUCUAUGUUAUUUUUAUACAACUUCGCGUGUAUUAAUUACUAUUUAAAGAUAAUUUUAAAGAAUAGAUAGUAGUACCUAUGUAUGUAUUAUAUAGGUUAGGGUCGGUUAUUAUUCUAUUAUACCAAUAGACACUUCUUGGACUAAAAUUGGUUAAUCGAUGUAAUUAAAGAAAGGCUUUUUAACAAUUAACUAAUACAUAUUAUAUUAAAUUAAACUACCUUAUAAA